GAGCAUUUUUGUUGCUUUUUGAUGUCUUGGUUCCUUGUUUGUACGUCUAACCCAGUGUUUCUCAACUCCAGUCCUCAUGGACCCCCAACAGGUUAUGUUUUCAGGAUUUCCAUUAUUUUGCACAGGUGAUUUGAUCAGUUUCACUGCCUUAGUAAUUACCACAGCUGUUUCAUCUGAGGGAAAUCCUGAAAACAUGACCUGUUGGGGGUCCAUGAGGACUGGAGUUGAGAAACACUGGUCUAACCUAACAAGUGUUACAUCAUUUUUUUUUCUGGAGAGAUAGGCCUUUAAUUUGUUUUAUAUCAUUGAUCCUAAUAUUUUAUCAGGAAUAAAUAGUAAAA